CCCUUCCGCGGAGUGGAGAGCUGGCGCCCGCUGUCCCCCCUCAGAGGGGCGCUGGCGCGCGGGGUGGGGCUGCCUGCGGUCUGUGGGAGUGCCGCCUUCGCCUCCGCAGGGAGGAGUGAGCUGCCCGGCUGGCGAUGAGCGGCUCGGGGGACGAGGGCCCGGAGGCCGGGGCCGGCCGGGCGGGGGGCCGCACUGAGCCCGAGGCCCCGGGCAGCGCGCUGAGCGUGGACUUGUCGGGGCUGCUGGGGCAGCUCGCGCGCAGCUUUGCGCUGCUGCUGCCGGUGUACGCCCUCGGCUACCUGGGGCUGAGCUUCAGCUGGGUGCUGCUGGCCCUCGGGCUUCUCGCCUGGUGCCGCCGGAGCCGCGGCCUCAAGGCCAGCCGCCUGUGCCGGGCGCUGGAGCUGUUGGAGGACGAGGAGCGAGCCGUGCGCCUGGGGGUGCGCGCCUGCGAUCUUCCCGCCUGGGUUCAUUUUCCAGACACUGAAAGAGCAGAGUGGCUAAAUAAGACGGUAAAGCACAUGUGGCCCUUUAUUUGUCAAUUUAUAGAGAAGCUCUUUCGAGAAACCAUAGAACCAGCUGUGCGGGGAGCAAAUGCCCACCUCAGUACCUUCAGCUUCACAAAAGUGGACGUGGGUCAGCAGCCCCUUAGAGUCAAUGGUGUUAAGGUUUAUACUGAAAAUGUAGACAAAAGACAAAUUAUUCUGGACCUUCAGAUUAGUUUUGUAGGGAAUUGUGAGAUUGAUUUGGAGAUUAAACGAUACUUCUGUAGAGCUGGUGUGAAAAGUAUUCAGAUUCAUGGGACCAUGCGGGUGAUCCUGGAGCCCCUGAUUGGAGACAUGCCUCUAGUUGGAGCUUUGUCCAUCUUCUUCCUUAGGAAACCACUUUUAGAGAUUAACUGGACAGGAUUGACUAAUCUCCUGGACAUCCCUGGACUGAAUGGUUUAUCUGAUACUAUCAUUCUGGAUAUAAUAUCAAACUAUCUGGUGCUUCCCAAUCGAAUCACUGUUCCUCUUGUCAGUGAAGUUCAAAUAGCGCAGUUGCGGUUUCCCAUACCAAAGGGUGUCCUAAGAAUUCAUUUUAUUGAAGCUCAGGAUCUUCAGGGGAAAGACACCUACCUUAAAGGCCUCGUCAAAGGAAAAUCAGACCCCUACGGAAUUAUCCGAGUGGGCAACCAAAUCUUCCAGAGUAAGAUUAUCAAAGAGAACCUUAAUCCAAAGUGGAAUGAGGUAUAUGAGGCUUUAGUCUAUGAACACCCUGGACAAGAAUUGGAGAUUGAACUCUUUGAUGAAGAUCCAGAUAAGGAUGACUUCUUAGGAAGUCUUAUGAUUGAUCUUAUUGAAGUUGAGAAGGAGCGCCUUUUAGAUGAAUGGUUCACUCUGGACGAGGUUCCCAAAGGAAAGCUGCAUUUGAAGUUAGAGUGGCUCACAUUGAAGUCAGAUGCGGCAAACUUGGAUAAGGUGCUGGCAGACAUCAGAGCUGAUAAGGAUCAAGCCAAUGAUGGUCUUUCAUCUGCACUGCUGAUCUUGUAUUUGGAUUCUGCAAGGAACCUUCCGAGUAUCUACGAGGGAAACUUUGGGUGUGGCUACUUAAAAGAGAGGCGAGCGUCGGGACUAGUGUUUUGUGAGAAUACUACCUCAGUCUAUAGAACACUAUUUUCAGGGAAGAAAAUAAACAGCAACCCAAAUCCUCUUGUCCAGAUGUCGGUCGGUCACAAGGCUCAAGAGAGUAAGAUUCGAUACAAAACGAGUGAGCCAGUGUGGGAGGAAAACUUCACUUUCUUCAUUCACAACCCCAAGCGUCAGGACCUUGAAGUUGAGGUCAAAGAUGAGCAGCAUCAGUGUUCUCUGGGGAGCCUGAGGAUCCCUCUCAGUCAGCUGCUUAUGAGUGACAACAUGACCAUAAACCAGCGGUUCCAGCUCAGCAACUCGGGUCCAAACAGCACCUUAAAAAUGAAGAUUGCCCUCCGGGUCCUCCAUCUUGAGAAGCAAGAAAGACCUCCAGACUACCAGCAUUCGGCUCAAGUGAAACGGCCCUCUGUCUCCAAAGAAGGGAGAAAAAUGCCUGUGAAAUCUCAGAAGUCUGUGUCUCCAAGCACUGGUGAUAGCAACACUGCUCCAUCAACACCAGUCCUGGGAGUCGAUGAUAAGCCUGUCAGGGAGGAGAAGCCUCAGCCCCCUGAGGCCAGCCCUCUAGGGCAGCGUGACCUAGGCAGGAGCUCCUCCAGCCUCUUGGCCUCUCCAAGCCACAUCUCAGCCAAGGAGCCCACCCCAAGCAUUGCCUCAGACAUAUCAUUGCCCAUUGCCACCCAGGAACUGAGGCAAAGGCUACGUCAACUUGAAAAUGGGACAACACUGGGACAGUCUCCCCUGGGGCAGAUCCAGCUGACCAUCCGGCACAGCUCCCAGAGGAAUAAGCUCAUUGUGGUUGUGCACUCCUGCAGAAACCUCAUUGCCUUCUCAGAAGAUGGCUCUGAUCCAUAUGUCCGUAUGUAUUUAUUGCCAGACAAGAGGAGAUCAGGAAGAAGAAAAACACAUGUGUCAAAGAAGACACUAAACCCUGUGUUCGAUCAGAGCUUCGAUUUCAGUGUUUCACUGCCUGAGGUGCAAAGGAGAACACUGGAUGUAGCAGUGAAGAACAGUGGUGGCUUCCUGUCCAAAGAUAAAGGGCUUCUUGGCAAAGUGCUGGUUGCUAUGGCAUCUGAAGAACUCGCCAAGGGCUGGACCCAGUGGUAUGACCUCACAGAAGAUGGAACAAGGCCUCAGGUGAUAACGUAGCCAUGUUGGACAUAAGGCCUAUUUCUCAACGUGACACACCACCUCAACAUGGAACUCAACUUCUUGCAGAUGUACCAAUGCUAUUUUUAUAAGUAUUGAGUUAUACAUACCUUAAUAAUUUUAUAAAACUGUUGGCAUUAUAAGAAAAAUUUGGCCAAUAUUAUUGAUAAAAUUCCCAUUGAGUUCCCUCCAGUAUUUCACCAGGCACUGCAAAGUGCAGUGGUAUACAGCAAUGUGUUCCUGUGCUGUGUGGGGCUCUGUCGGCCACAGCUGCUGGAAAGCAGGCACCUGUAUUCCUGAUUUCUGCCUUGUCUUGCAUCCCAGAGGUGCACUACACCAUGUAAAUAGACUCUGUUUUUUUAUACUAUCUACAUGCUGGUUUGGAAGAAGAAAAUGUAUCAAGAAAAUACAUAUUUUCUUCUAAAACUUAUUAGAUUCUGGGACAGAUAAUCAUUUUCAUCUUUAAAGCAAAAAGUUCUCAUAGCUCUGUUGUAUGAUACGACUUUUUUAAGGGAAAAAUGGAAAGAUUAUUAAAUAUUGGAUAUUUAUGUCUAGUAUUAAUGAUAAAAGAGAGUGUUCAAAUUAUUAACAUUAUUGUAAAUAGGAAGGGAGAUAUAGUGAGAAGACAGUAAAUGACUUAUUUAAAAAGUUUUAUAACUGAGUAAUAGACAAUACCAAGACUAUUGUCAAAGCUCAGGAAUCACAGUAUAUUCAUCUGAAAUUUAUUACAUAAGAAAGAAAUGUGUACUGUUUAUUUAUAAUUGUUUGUUAUAACUGAUUCAUGAAAUAGUGCAGAGAUACACACAUGCCAGGUGUAGUACCUCAUACCUGUAAUACCAGGAUAUGGGAGGCCAAGGCAGGAAUACCAAGAGUUAGAGGACCAGCCUGGGCUACUCAGCAAGACCCUAUCUUGAAAAUAAGAAAUUCAUACUUUAUAUUUUGCCCAAAGCAUAGGAACUAACCGCCAAUAUUAGGAGAUAAGGUGUUGUCCAGAUUGGAUGCAAGCCUGGUUUGUUUAUCCACGUCUCUAACCCUAUAAAAACAAGCCCAUUGUUAGUUUAAAGUGGUGAAACAGAUUGGGUGAGUCCAAGGGAUGUUGUGCUAAAGACUGGCACUGCACCUGCUCUUGCUGGGAGAACCUGGCUCUAUGUCCGUCAUACAGGAUGCACACCUCUGAAUGGAGCUUUCUGUACUCCCCCUGAUACAGUACAUGACAAAGGGAGAGAUCCUGCCCAGUGCAAGCAACAGAAGCUGUCAGUCUUGCCAUUUUCUGGAUGUCUUCAAUCUGUGCCACGUCAGAUCAUAAUAUAGAGAUAGUAUUAUGCAAUUUUUAAUUUAGAAUCUUUUUUUCCUUUUUAGAUUAUGAAAAGCAUGUUUUACAUAUGUAAGAGUCCCCUAGCACCCCUUGUAAGGUGAGGCUAUCUCACAGUAUUAUAAACUAUGCAUGUCUGUAAACAAAGUACACACAAAUGUAGGAAGACUUUUCAGUAUGCAUUUUAAGCUGUGGGAUGAACAGGGCUUCUCAGCUAUGAGAUCCUUUGAAACUUUGUGCACUUAGAGCAGGAAAAUACAGCUUUGUAAUCAAAAUUCGAAUAAUUCCUUUCACAUUCUUCCUGGAACUAAACAACUUAUGGGAAGCUUAUGUGACCAAACAUACCAAAGUGCCUAUGAUGAAUGCCAAGUGUUCUUUUACACGCUCCUCCUGUCUAGCAGAUGAAAGUGUGCCUCCGUUUGUAAUGUACCAUGGGUGCAUUUGUAACAGAGUCUGUGGCUUUUCACAGCACAUCCGAGGUAGUCACAUGGCCAGAGUAACCUCACUCUCUUGUCUGUUGACACCUUCCUUUGAAUCUUGUUAAUAAAUCUUUUUCUAUUAGUGUGCAGGAUUGGUUUUUGUGGGAGAAGGUUGAUGUGUAUGUCACAUGAACAUAUGUGCACAUAAAACAUUAAGGGUGGCAUUUAGUCACAGGAGAAAGACAGGUGGUAACUUAUUAAACUUUUUGCUUGGCCAUGCUAUUAGAUUUUUUAAAGAUUCUUUUUAAGUUCACUGAAGGGCUACUGUCAUAAUCUAUAGAGGAGAUUUUCUUGAUGAAAUUUUACCAUGUCAGUGGUUUUUCACCAACAACCUAAACAUCUUGGUUUUGUGCCCAUAUGCUUAAUCUGUUCAGUGUGAUUUUAUUUAAUAUAAUACUUUUCUUAACAACUAGGCAAAUUGAGUAUUAUUAAGGAUACAAUACUCUUAAUAAGUAAAUGUAACACCUCAAUAUGAUGCCCUCUGCUGCAGUCACAAAAGCUGGCGCCAACGAGUUCAGGUACAGUCUCCCCGCCUGCACCAUCUAAAUCCUCUAGUAGGUGUCUCCACACUCUUUGGGAAGGAGAGAGAUUCUGGUAAUACCAGCCCACUUCCUGACUGCCGUCCUGUGUCCUGAAGAUGGAAGACACUUGGGGUUCUCAGAAUAUUAACUUUUAGUUUUUAAUGACUUAUCUAGGAAAAAAGAACUUUAAGUUUUCUACUCUGAGCCAAACCAAUGAGAGGAAAUUAGUGAUUUGAAGCGCAGCUCCACUAACUUAUUCACGUGGUGGCUUAUCCUGUGCCUUAAGUACCGAGGGAUUGUCAAGUUUAGAUGAAAACAGAAGCAGCCCUGAAACUCUGUUUGCCACCAUUUGUAUCCCGCGCUCUAGAUUUUCUCCACAGAUAGUCCCUAUGCACAGGUCAGGCCUUAAGAGAUUUUAGACUUAUUUCAAAAUCCUCAGGCAGAUGCAGAGAGCAUGGGUGCUGGCUAUGUAUUCUCUGGUUGCUGCAAUGACUGGUCCCACCUGGAUUAUCCACUGUAGAGGAGAAACAUAGAGGGUUGGUUUUUGAUUUUGGUUUUUUAAUCACAGAAUGUGCUUUUGCUUAAUUAAUUUUACAUAACAGCACAAGUAUUUAUUCAAUAAAACUUUUGUGAGCUCACUUGUAAUAUGUUUUUUUGUUUGCUUCUUGAAAUGAAAGUUUUAGUGUGGAAACAGAUCAUUUGGGAAGUCCACAUGUGAUGUCAUGUAUAUUUGCUGUUUUGCAUUCUCUCAUUGUUCAACAGGUUUGAGAUUACUCAUUCCCGUCUCUGACUCUUCUCUGUGUGGCUCCCAGACUCUGGGUUUUGCAAGCAGCUCUUUGAAGGGCAAUGGUUGAAUAGUAAAAGCAGACUAAAUAAGACUAAAACACUGGUAAGUCCUUAAACAACCUGCAGAGAUAGGUGCUGUUUGAACAAUGUGGAAAUAGUUGUGUAUCUAGUGUCUCAGUAGGCCUGAGGAAACACUUCGUAGUCUUUCUUAGGCAUUUUCCCAUCUAACACUGUUAGUUUCUUUGCCCAUAUGCUGAAAUGUCAGCUUUGCCUGGCCUUGUUUGUUUGUUGACAGCGUAGCCAAAACUGGGUUUGAACCAACAGUCCUCUUGCCUUAGCCUCCUAAAUGCUGAGAUUGUAACUGUAUGCUCCAAAUCUAGUUUCUUUGUCCUUCAUAAUGCCUUGCUGUACAUCCCUCCAUUAAAAAAAAAAAAUCAGAACACCAUGCAUGCUGGGCAAGCACUCUGUCACUGUGUCACACUUGACCCUUUGGGUUUCACUUGUCACUGCUAGUAUUCGUAAAAGACCUCUUUUUCUUGUUUCUCUUACCUAGGAUCUAAGUAUUGAAGUACACAUUUUCCCUGCUCUUUUUCAUUUUUAUUUGUAUUCUUAAUACCACUGACCAUCUGUGUCACAAAAAGACUUGACUUCAGCACUGAAGGCCAGUGUGUCGUGUUCCCUCUAAAGCAUCUGUCUUCUAGGAGGUCUAGCAGGGUUCCCUCUCGUUUUUGUCUCUGUCUAGUUACCUGAGCUAGGGAUUUGAACAGCAUCGUGCCCUGGCUGUCUCCCUUGCACAUACAUAUACUGGUCUUCAUUCAGUCCUGACUUGAGGACAUACCUACUUUUGAUACAGCCUUAAGCCGGUCUUGGUCAACUCCCAGGUUUCAGCUGCCCCCGUCUUUGUUUUUUAUUAACAUCCAGAGGGAUCUUUUAAAAACCAUAGUGCUACACUGGUCAGCCAUCCAGACCAGGCAGUGGUGGCACACACUUUAAUCCCAGUAGCCACACUAGUUUACCGUAGAAACCAGGCGUGGUGCACGCCUUUAAUCCCAGCACUAGAGAAGACUAUAAAACACGAUGUUACAGGAACUUGUGCUCUUUCAGUCUGAGGGUUUCUUAGAAGAGCUCUCCAAUGACUUGGCUGCUUUGCUUUUUUAUUAAUCACGCUACAAAAAACAAACCCUAACUACUGUUUUCCUUUGCCCUUGCACUUAACACUAAGAGCCUGUAGCUCCCAUGCCCUGAGACUUCGACAGCCACAAAUUUCCUCCAGGGUCUGCUUGUACUUGUAUAAUUACCAUGGUUCUUCCCAGCUCCGCAUACCAUGACAUUCUUCCCAGGACACUGACCUCAAGAGUGUCCACUUCCCUUCACAUCACUUUAAGGUUGUCUGUUACCAGCAGUCUAGCCAUAAAUAGCCUUCCUAGCACGGACCCUUGCCACUGUAUUGCUCUUCUUCAUCUUACUUACGAAGUUUUGCUUGACCACUACUUAAAAUUUUUCUCUCUGGACUAUAAACCACCAAGAGCAGAGUGUUAAUUUUUGAUAGCUGUCCUUAGCAUGCAAAUGAUAAUCCAAAUCUGUUGAAUAAAUGAUCUAUAAACAUUGACUGACCGUAUAAGACUCCUGUUUUGAUGAGUUUUUACUCAAAGAAUUUUAGUUACCUCUGGACGGUUUUAUUAAAGGCUGAACAUAAAUUUAUGUUCAGUUAAAAACAGAUCACAAAAAUGAGAAAUUUAUUUGAUACUAUUCUGAAACUCCUGGACAUAUCACUGUAAAAAGAAAUUAGCUUUAAUGUAUAUACUGAGAGGGAAAGGUAUCUUCAGAAAUGGUUAUCUACUUGGAAACUACAAAAGAAUAGCCUUAAUAAAUAACUAAAAACCUUGGAUUUAACAGAGGUUUAAUGAGUUUAACCAUGAAACUGUAAAUCUCCAUUUCUUACAAAUAGUAAUAACAAUUAGAAAAUAUGAAUGCUUUAAAAAAUCAUACAACAGACUUACGACCAUAAUAGCAGUGAAAACCUACAAUCCCCAAAGGGAAAAGAAUGGAUUUAGAAAAUGUCUUAUCCCAGAAAACUGCUACUGUGUGGCGUGUCUGGAUCCUAGGAAAUCUGUGUCUGUUGUGUUUGGCAAAUAGAAUAUUGUUGCUGCCUGAGCCUUUAUUACCUCUAGAGACAGAAGUUGACAAAACAACACAAGAAAAGCCAGGAAUAAUAAAGGAGGGUUGUAGAAUGUUUGGGGGAUGUAGAAAAUUGUGUGUGAGGAGGGGGCACAUGCGUUUCUGGAAAUAAUCUACGAAAGUCUUGUUUCUGGGUGCCAUAAAGAGUGGGGAUUAAUUGAUCCAAAGUACUAAAAAAAUCUUGAUUCACUUACUAAGUAAUCGCAUACACUGGCCAGGCAGAUACUUCAAAGAAUAUGCCUUUUAGAUGUUAUAGUUAAUCCAGGAAAGCAGCAACAAAGCCUGAAAAGAGGAAGAAGGAGCUUGUUCACAUAAUUGUCAUACUAUAUUAAGUUUUUAACCCCAAAAUCAUGAGGUACACAAAGAAAUGAAAUUAGUUUAUAUGCCAAAGGCAGGGACCAAACUAGUAGAAACUGUCUCUAAGCAAGUCCAGAUGAACUUAAGUUAGCUACUGUCAUAUGUUGAAACAAACAAGAGAGACUACAUGUCUAAAGACUAGGGAGACAGGAGAACAAGUAGAAACUCUUGAAUAUAAGGAACUCAAGGUUCACUAAAGUUCAGCAGAUUGAGCAGAUGGAAGAAAAUCAGCAUAUGAAGAUGGAUUAAUAAGGACUAUCCAAACCAAGGAACAAAGGUAAUACAGAAUAAAGAGAAAUAAAUGGAUACAUAAAGACGCGUAAGGAUGGAGAGGAGCACCUAAAAAAAGUUUUAAGAACCACUGUAGGCUAAUGAGAUGACUCAGCAGAUAAAGGCCCCUCCCGCUAAGCCAAAUAACCUAUGUUCCAUACCCAGAAUCCAUACUGUAGGAGAGAACUGACUCCUCCCAGUUGUCCUCUGAACUCCACAUGUAUGUUGGCAAGUACAUGCACACACAAUAAAAAUGCAAUAUGAGGUUGGUGUGAUGGCAUGCACCUGUAAUUCUAGCACUUGCGGAAUAGAGGCAGAAAGAUGAGUUCAAUGCUAAACUCGGGUAUGUAAUUCCAGGGCAACCUGGGCUACAUAGAAACUUGUCUCAAAAGAAGGAAAUUUGACAAAACGAAGUAUAAUGAAGAAAAUAUACAUAUUAAAUGAACUGUAAGUGGGAUAAACUUCAAGAGAGAGCCAUGCCUAGAUACAUUUUAAUCAAACAGAUGCACAAGACACAACACAUAAUGUGCAUGGCGCAUAGCUAGUACACACCAGAAAAAAUACAACACACAGCAUAUAUGAAACACUAUAACUACAAUUCAGCAUAUGCACAGCAUACCAUAAAUAUAAUACAUAGCAUAUAGACACCACUGGGCACACACAACACAAAUAAAAAGUAUAGUAUUCAUAGCAUACAAUACAAAACACUGUAUGCCUCACAUUAAUGGGAAUACAACACAAUACACAGCACAUAUAACAGUAUAGACAGUAUACAACAGUACAUGUAUGUACCACAAAUGUGUAAUAUAUGACAAUUUAAUUCACACGUGGACAACACAGCAUGCAGAACACAUGCACAUCACCUAACAUGGAUAACACAACACACUUCUUGAUUUCUAAACCAAUUAUGCUAAGUGCAAGAGAGGAUUCUUGUUUUUUGUGAUUUUGCUGUCUUAUCUAAGAACAGCAAAGGUGUUAUUUGCUCUGUGCGAAUUUGACAUAAGGCCUCUAACAGGCUGUCCAAAGGCUAGCAACUGAUGGUGACUUUUGUGAAAUGUGCUCCACACUUGCCUUUUUGUUCUCUGUGAGUACUUCUCUUUUGUUGGGUCCUGGGGUCAACUUCAGGUCAUCAGGCUUUGUGUCAAGAUCUUGCCUUUAUAAAGGUAUAAUUCCUUUUCUCUAUUGUUAGAUCAAAUUUCAUGAUAUUUUGUUGGAUUCAAACUGGUGAUAUCUUGGUGGAAAUUUUGCUUUUGUAUUCUUUUGAGAUAUUUUGUAAUUGUAUGAUUAUCUUGUUUUAGUAUUCUGGCAUGUGUCAUAGGAUAAGUUAGGAAAUAUAUAGUCUAUUUCUGCCCUCUGGAAGAAACUAAAGAAUAGGUCUAGGGCUGGAGAAAUGGCUCAGAGGUUAAGAGCACUGACUGCUCUUCCAGAGGUCCUGUUAUUACAUCUGUA